GGGGAACCGGUGCGGCGCUGCGAUUACAGCGGCUUCCCGGGGCUGCGGAGGAAGGUUACUCGCGAUGGGAAUCUGCGUUCCGACGGCACGGGGGCCCUCGCCGGGGCCGGAGCUAGGGUUCUUCGGGGCCAGGGCCCAGCCUGCCCUCCGCCAGGUGGAGCCCGGGCUUGGCUUGUCGAGCGUGCCCUGUGUUGCUAUGUAACCUCGGGCAUCGCGCGUCUCCUCUCCGGAAUUUGGUUCUGGAGAGCAGUGAAUCUGCAGAGACGCACGCCCGGCAGCGCUGCCUUGGGCCAUGGCCUCCGACCUGGACUUCUCACCUCCCGAGGUGCCCGAGCCCACCUUCCUGGAGAACCUGCUGCGGUACGGGCUCUUCCUGGGAGCCAUCUUCCAGCUCAUCUGUCUCCUGGCCAUCAUUGUACCCAUUCCCAAGUCCCACGAGACGGAGGCAGAACAGUCUGAACCCAGAAGCACUGAGGUGACGAAGAAGCCCAAGGCUGCCAUCCCUUCCACCAACAAGAGGCCAAAGAAGGAGACCAAGAAGAAGCGGUAGACUAGAGGCCGGAGGAGCCCAAGGCUGAAGCCUUGGGGACAGCCCUCCUGGGAACCAGCAUCCUGUUUGCUCUCACAGACUGUCUCUGUCCUUGGCUCAGGGUCUGAGACGACUGAAACUCCCCUGACUACAGAGGUCUGACCAGUCCCUAGGCUCCAGCUGUGGAGACCACCACUUCCUCUCCUUCUCUCUGUGCUACACCAGAGAUUUCCCAAGGGUUCCGAAGUCAGGUCCUGCUCCCAGAGCAAAGUAUUCACAUUAGUCCAGUGGUCUUGAGACCCGAGCCUCACUACAAUGUGGAAUUGUUGCCUGAGGCUGCAGUCACACCCUCCCCCAUUGCUUGGGCCACAUCUGUCUUCUGUGUGCACAGAACUCCACAUGUGUUCAGGUCGGGAUGCAUGGCCUGGCCGUGCAGUGUGACCUGGCCACCUCGGCAGCCAGGUCCUGAAGAUGUUGGGGUGGGGGUGGGGGUGGGGCGGUGGAAGGCCUGGGCCCAGUGAUUCCUGCAGGAGAAGGUGCUGCUGAAUGGGGCCAGAUUUCCUGGGCACAGACUUUGCAAGCCUUUGAAGCAGGCUUGUCCCUUUCACACCAACCUCUUUUGAUCCCAUUUUAACAUUCAAAGUGCCUUUGACUUCAGCCUGGCCUCCCCAUAUCUCUCAUUCCCUGACCAGUGAAGGAAAAUUAUGUGGAGAAGUAAAAGCGAAUAAAGUGCCCUGCAUGCUGA